AGAGACUGCUAUUGAAUUGACUGAAUAACAUAAACAUUGAAUGUAUUGGAAAAUUCAUAGCUUUUUUUAAAUGACAUAACAUUAUAGAGUGUAUAGACAUUAAAGUGUUAGUCAAUAAUGCAUUGAUUAGAUAAUACAGUGUUUGAGAGUCAAGUGUUGGGACUAAUAGUUAACACAUUCUCUGGUAAAUCACUGGUUAAGCCAUUGAUUGUCUAUCAACUGGUAUUCAAGUGACACAUCAAUCACUUAAACUGAUCCCAACAGUAGUCAACAACAGUGUAUGUGUGUGUAUAUGUAUGUGAAACAUACCAUAAAGUUGCCUCUAAUCUAAUCCAUACUAUCGGAUGACAAGUGGCCAAAAAUGAUGACAAAGUGGACACCGGUAGCCGAUAGUGACAAAUACGGAAUUGUUGUGUCAAAUCUAAAGCCAAUACUUCCGCAUCGACUCCGCCUCACUAUCGGUGACGCCGUCCGUAUCAUUGAAGAGUGUGGUGAUUGGUAUUAUGGCCAUUGUCUCAGUGAUCGCAACUAUUUGGGCAUUUUUCCCAAGAACUAUGUCUUCAUCAAGGAUGCCGUUGUCGACAAUACCGGUGUUCACGAAGUUGUUAUUCCUCGGGAACCGCCUAUCAUUCAGGAGAUCACAUCAGUUAUCAGGGAAUGGGGUGUUAUUUGGACAAAGCUUUAUGUUACAUCAAAUCCGAACUUCAAAGUGAUCCGUGAGAUGAUGUAUGAGUUGAUUACAUGGAGAAAGCAAAUAAUGUCCGGUACUCUGCCGGCCGAUGAAAUGAAAGAAUUGAAGCAAAAAGUCACCGCAAAGAUAGAUCAGGGAAAUGCUAUAUUAAUUCUCGAUCUUGUGGUUCGAGACGAAUCGGGAAAUAUACUAAAUCCCGAGAUUACCAGUACUAUAGAUCUAUACAGAGCUCACGAAGCGGCCACUGAAAGAAUCAAACAAUUGGCCUUAAAUAUUGAUAUAAAAAACAAGCGGUCGUCCACCCGUUACAAUCAUAAUCUUUAUGUUACGGUCAGAAAUUUUGUUUGUCGUAUCGGUGAAGACGCUGAUCUAUUGAUGACUUUAUAUGACUGCAAAGAGUGUACUUUUAUUAGUGAAAAUUAUUUGGUUAAGUGGGGAAAAGAGGGUCUUAUGCGAGAUUUGGAUCAGCUUAACAAUCUUAGAGUUGUUUUUGCGGAUCUUGGAACCAAAGAUUUGGCGCGCGAAAAGGUUUAUUUGAUUUGCCAAACAAUACGUAUCGGAGGAAUGGAAUUAAAGGAAGAACAAAGAAAUGUACGGAAAAGUCAUCACCAAAACAUGAAAAGAGCUUCCGAUGGAUUGAGACGACCAUUUGGUGUCGCGGCGAUGGACAUAACUGAUUUCUUAAAUGGCAAAAUUGAGACCAAUGAAGACGCUCAACAUUUUAUACCAUUUUCACAGUGCGCUGAAAGAGACUCAUUAGACACUGUUAUUCGCAAAAUGAUUUCGGCCCGAGAGAUCAGUCAGAAAGAAUGCAAAGGCCAGGGAUUGUUUUUAUCGAUAAAACUACUUCACGGCGACCAGAAACAGAUCCGUGAAGAGUACGCACAUCUGGUUUCGCCAUUUACGUCUGUUGCGCGGAAAAUGGGGUUUCCGGAAGUUAUACUUCCCGGCGAUAUUCGCAACGAUUUAUAUCUUACUUUAGUGAGCGGAGAAUUUAGCAAAGGAAGCAAAAAAUCUGAACGCAAUGUUGAGGUAACUGUCAAAGUGUGUAAUGAAAAGGGACAGACAUUACAAAACUGUUUAAGUUUUGGCGCCGGAUCUGAACUGAUGACUGAAUACAAAAGUGUGGUUUACUAUCAUGAAGAACGACCCAAAUGGAUGGAAACACUGAAGAUUACCAUUGCCAUCGAAGAGUUUUAUGGCGGACAUUUGAAGUUUACAUUUAGACACCGAUCCUCUAACGAUAAUAAAGAUAAAAUUGAGAAACCCUUUGCCAUGUCUUUUGUGAAUCUGAUGAAUGAAAAUGGAACGACAAUGUCUGAUAAAAACCAUGAUUUACUUGUCUAUAAAGUGGACAAUAAGAAAUGGGAUGAAAAAGAUGUCUCAUAUCUUAACUUUCCGUCGACUCGUGAAGAGAUGGAGAAGAAAAUUAUGAAUUCUAAUUAUAAUAUCAAUCAGAUUGGAGUCAAACAGUUAACAAACAUGUUUCAGGCAAAUGGUAUCCAAAUCAGUCCUCGAGAUUUGUUUACUAUAUCAACGGUCGUUUGUUCGACAAAAUUGACACAAAAUAUCGAUCUUUUGGGUCUUUUGAAGUGGAAAUCAAGUCCAGAAAAUCUUAAAUCAAAUCUUUUGGCACUAAUGAAAGUGGACGGCGAAGAAGUGGUUAAAUUUCUUCAGGACACACUCGAUGCUCUUUUUGAAGUUCUUAUGGAAAACACUGAUUCUGAUACAUACGACAAUUUGGUUUUUGAAGCGCUUAUAUUUAUUAUCGGUCUUAUAUCUGAUCGAAAAUAUCAACAUUUUCGACCUGUUCUGGACCUAUACAUCGAACAGAACUUUAGCGCUACUCUUGUUUACAAUAAGUUGAUUGUUGUACUCAAGAGUUAUAUCGAAAAAGUCAAUUUAAUGCCCGAAAGUCAAGAUGUUUUGCUUCGCGCUAUGAAAUCACUCGAAUAUAUUUUUAAAUUCAUUGUCAGAUCACGGAUACUGUUUGCCGCACUAAAUGGUGGCAAAGGAAAGAUACAGUUUGAAGAGUCGCUAAAAGAGUUGCUCCAAUCGAUUACAUCGAUGAUGUUGUCCACAUCGGAGAAUACACUGUUAGUUCAGGGCGCGUGUCUUAAGUACUUCCCAUUUGCACUGACAGAUAUUCUUUGUGUAUUCAAUGAGAAAGACUUGUGUUACAUAUUGACUGAUCUCAUCAACAAUGUUCCGGUCGACAGAUUGACCAAACAGAAGAUGAUGUGCGUCAAUGACAUCGUUCACUGCGAACUGUUUGUCAAAUAUGCCGAUUGCCGGUCAAUACUAUUGCCAGUUAUUAACGAUCACUUGAGAGUACUUCUAGAGCGUAAAGAAGAGUUUGAACUCUGUGUUAGAAUAUUAAGUGAUAUGUUGGUUGUGUUGUCUAACGGUCGGGACAUCGGUCCGACACAGAAUGAUAUAUCUGACAUAAUGUUAUCUGUUUUGCGAACAGUUAUUCAGUCAUUUAUAGACAUGGAUCGCGAGAAUCCAUUGAUAGGCAAUGUUGUGGCCAUUAUUAUCGGAAUUCUGCGCCAAAUGACUCCAUAUCAUUACAAUCAAUAUAUUAAUCAUUUCCAGACGCGAACCGAUUUACUCGAUUUUCUUAUGGAAAUAUUGAUAGUCUUCAGAGAUUUGGUGCGAAUUGUGUUUCAAAAAGAUUGGAAUGAAAUGAUUUUACUUCAGAACAGUGUCCUAUUGAAUGCCUUACGACACUUUGCGCAUUGCAUUCGCGACCAUUUCUUGCAUCCGUUUGAAGUCCAACUUUGGAACAAUUUCUUUCACUGUGCCAUCUCUUUCCUCACCCAAGAAUCCCUUCAAUUGGAAAACUUUUCCCAAAACAAACGCAACAAAAUCAUUGCUCUCUAUAAAGAUAUGCGACGAGAGAUGGCCUUUGAGAUCAGGUCGAUGUGGUUUAAUUUGGGUCAAUACAAGAUUCAAUUCGUGCCAUCAAUGGUCGGACCAUUCCUUGAGAUGAGUCUUAUUCCAGAGAUUGAGUUGAGAAAGGCUACGAUUCCUAUAUUCUUCGAUAUGAUGCAAUGCGAGUUUUAUUCACCCAAAUCGGGUGCCUAUGCUUUACAUUCCGGCUCUUAUCACAGUAAUGACAGUCCAUCCCAUCAAAGAAACAGUGAAUGCAAAGCAAAUUUCAAAUUUUUUGAAAAUGAAAUGAUUGCUCAGUUGGACGCACUUAUUGAAGGCGGAAGAGGAGAUGAACAGUUCAAAGAUCUAUUCCUUGAAAUUGUUGGCACCAAUUGUGAACAUCAUUCAGCAAUGAGAGAAAGUGGUCUGUUCUUUGUGCGCACAGUUGUUCGACUAAUGAGACGAUUACUGGAGUACCGAUCGGUGGUUAAUGAAGAGAACAAAGAAAGUCUUAUGAGUUGUACUGUAAAUCUAUUGGAAUUUUACAAUGAGAUCGAGCGUAAAGAAAUGUAUAUCAGAUACCUAUACAAACUGUGCGAUUUGCACCUGGAGUGCGAUAAUUAUAUUGAAGCCGCUUAUACACUGGCACUUCAUGCAAAACUUCUCAAAUGGUCAGACGAUUCGUUGCCACAAUUGUUACGUAACAAUAAAUAUCCGGAAUGUGAGACACACCGGGAUCUGAAAGAGCAUCUCUAUAAUGAAAUUAUUGAACACUUCGAUAAAGGAAAGCUAUGGGAAACAGGUAUUAGUUAUUGUAAAGAAAUCAUAUAUCAAUACGAAAGUGAAAUAUUUGAUUACAUGCACCUGAGCUCACUAUUACAACGAAUGGCUGUUUUCUACGAUAAUAUUAUGAAACAGGCCCGACCCGAACCCGAAUAUUUUCGGGUUGCGUACUAUGGCCGCGGAUUUCCCACAUUUCUCCAAAAUAAGACGUUUGUCUAUCGCGGAAAAGAAUAUGAAAGACUUAGUGAGUUUAGUGGUCGUCUGUUGAAUCAAUUUCCAAAUGCACAACUCAUGACCAAAUUGGAUCCGCCCGGCGACGAUAUUACCGAAUCCAAUGGACAGUAUUUACAAAUUAAUAAAGUGGAUCCAAUUAUGCAGGAAAGAGACAAAUUUAGAGGCAAAUCAGUUCACGAACAGAUUGUCCGCUACUAUCGGGUCAAUGAAGUCCAGAAGUUUACUUACUCGCGGCCAUUGCGUAAAGGGGGACGCGAUUCGGAUAACGAGUUCGCAAAUAUGUGGAUCGAAAGAACAAAACUAUUGACAUCAUAUGCUUUGCCAGGAAUUUUGAGACGAUUUCCCGUUACUCAGACCAAUACAUUUGAAUUAAAUCCAUUGGAGAAUGCGAUCGAAACUAUGGAAAAAAGUAAUAAUAAAAUUAAAAGAAUGAUAAUUCAAUACCGAUCCGACUCUAAUCUUCCAAUAAAUCCAUUGAGUCUUGCAUUGAAUGGUAUCGUCGACGCAGCCGUAAUGGGAGGGAUUGUCAACUAUGAAAAAGCAUUCUUUACCGACGAAUAUGUAGCCAAUCAUCCAUUUCGUAAAGACCAGGAAGGCAUCAAUAGACUCAAAGACUUAAUAGCAGAACAGAUGCCAUUGCUUGAAGUGGGAAUAGCUAUUCAUAAAGAAAGAGCGCCUCCAAGUUUGAGACCAUUUCACGAUCACAUGGAAGAAGCUUUUGCUAAACUUAAGUAUAAUGUAGAAGAAAGAUAUGGUAAACGAUCGCUUCCAGAGGAUUUGGCCGAAAAGAUUAAUGUAAAGAUUAGACGCGGAUUUAGUGAAAAGAUGAGACACGUAAUACCAAAUUCACAUUCAUCGGCACCGACCGGACAAGUCUACGACCGAAACUCCAGUGGAAGUCUUUCUAAUGAAUUAACAAUCAAUUCUGGAAAGACUAGUCGUUCGAUAUCUGUUUGGGUCAAACAAAACUCAUCCAACAAUUCAAGCAAUCAGUCUUCAACUACAUUGUUCAGCUCAAGUACUUUAUCAAAGUUAAAGCGUAACAAUGCUUCCAAAGAGGGCAUUCAUUUACGACGACAGAGCAAUGAAAGUGGUUCCCCCGCCCAUACGGCCCCCAUGUGGUACGCACCCGAUCUUUUAGCAAAACCCGAACAACCAACUGAACGACCAGUGAUUGAGCUCUCAGAACACUUGACAUCUCACAGACCAUUACGUAUAGAAUAUGAACGACGAUUAAGUCGUCCAAAUAGUGGUCAAUUUCGGACACAUAAUACCCAUUCACCGACCCGUAGCCUAAGUCACGGCGCCUCUUCCAACAGUCUUUCUAUAUCUCAUUCCAAUUCACUUAAUGAAGUAAUUGAUGACAAACCUCCACCUCUUCCUGUGAAACAAUCUUAUGCCGAUUAUUCCAAUUUACCUGAAAACGGAACAAAUGGUGUGACCACUGACUUGACUUUAGUUUCGCCAAAAAGAAAUUCAGCAAAUAUGACAUCAACGCCGAAGCAUAAGCCACCUCCGCCACUACCCGACAACUCGAGUCCACCAUUAAGUCCACCAUUAAGUCCACGCAUUCCUCCAGAACUACCUAAGAAACCUUAUCGAUCAGUGAUUACUCCUCCAGUAGUGCCAUCCAAUCAAAGUAAUCCACAAAUCAUUGAAGAUUUAUAAUAUAUAUGACUUUUACAGUAUUUAUUAAUACUUUUUUGAAUAUUUAUAUCAUUAAUUAAUUUAUAGUAAUUAAUGACACUUUUUACCAAAAGUAAGAAUGAUAUUUAAAAUUCAAAUAUUUCUAGUCUACCAAAACA